GAAGCGGAAGCGCGCGGAGGGCUGCGGGGGGCCGGGCCGGGCCGGGCCGUACCCGGGGGCGCUGCGGGGCCCGGCGGCGAUGCAUCACUGCAGGCGGUACCGGUCCCCGGAGCAGGAGCCCUGCUGGGGCCAGCGGUGGAAGCGGCGGCGGUCCCGGAGCAGGGCCCCCGAGGGCAGGCUGCGCUGCCCGCCCCGCAGGGACCCGGCCAGGAGGUCGCGAUCCAGAAGCCGGGACAGGACGCCGCACCGCAGGAGGUACCGGGACAGGCGGGACAGUGACGCCUGCAGGUUCGAGGAGCGGAGCCCGUCCUGCGGGGAGGACUGCUGCCCGCCCCGCGCGCGGAACUGCCGGCGCUCCCGGGGCCGGGAGCAGCACCGCGCCAAGCAGCACCAGCACCGCUGCCGGAAGCGCAGGACCAGGUCUUGUAGCAGCGCCUCCUCGAGAAGCCAGCAGAGCAGUAAGCGCAGCAGGAGCGUGGAAGAUGACAAGGAAGGCCACCUGGUGUGCAGGACCGGCGAUUGGCUUCAAGAGCGAUAUGAAAUCGUCGGCAGCCUCGGCGAAGGCACUUUCGGCAAAGUUGUGGAGUGCGUCGACCACGCCAGAGGCAAAUCCCAGGUGGCACUGAAAAUCAUAAAAAAUGUUGGGAAGUACCGAGAAGCAGCCAGGCUGGAAAUUAACGUCCUGAAGAAAAUCAAGGAGAAGGACAAGGAGAACAAAUUCUUGUGUGUCCUGAUGUCGGACUGGUUCAAUUUCCACGGCCACAUGUGCAUCGCCUUUGAGCUUCUCGGCAAGAACACUUUUGAGUUCCUGAAAGAGAAUAAUUUCCAGCCAUACCCUCUCCCUCAGAUCCGGCACAUGGCCUACCAGCUCUGCCAUGCCUUGAGAUUUCUACACGACAACCAGCUGACUCACACUGACCUCAAGCCAGAAAACAUCUUGUUUGUCAACUCCGACUUUGACACUCUGUACAACGAGAAAAAGAGCUGCGAGGAGAAGUCCAUCCGGAACACGAGCAUCCGCGUGGCCGACUUCGGAAGCGCCACCUUCGACCACGAGCACCACACCACGAUCGUGGCCACCCGGCACUACCGUCCCCCCGAAGUGAUUCUCGAGCUGGGCUGGGCACAGCCGUGUGAUGUCUGGAGUACCGGCUGCAUCUUGUUUGAGUACUACCGAGGCUUCACGCUCUUCCAGACCCAUGAGAACCGUGAGCAUCUGGUCAUGAUGGAGAAAAUCCUUGGGCCCCUUCCCCCUCACAUGAUCCACAGAACGCGGAAGCAGAAAUACUUCCACAAUGGGAACCUGGUAUGGGAUGAGAACACGUCCGAUGGGAGAUACGUCCAAGAGAACUGCAAGCCCCUGCGGACAUACAUGCUGCAUGACUCGCUGGAGCACGUGCAGCUCUUCGACUUGAUGAGAAGGAUGCUUGAGUUCGACCCUUCCCAGAGGAUCACGUUUUCGGAAGCCCUCCUGCAUCCCUUCUUUGCGGGCCUCUCUGCAGAGGAGCGGAUGCUGUGCGGUCGCACCGCCAGCCGGAACCUGAGCAGAUGACAGCCGGGGAGGUGACAGGGGCUGGGUUGGUACAGACAAGCUCAGUCUCACCUCUGCAGCUCAGCUCCACCCCUCUCAGAGUUCAGAGGGGCACUGUGACACGAACCCUGGGCAGGGAAGGGGAAGAACAGCUCCGUUGGAAAGCACAGAUUCGUCUAUUUAUAUGUUGUAAAGUUAAAAUAAAGUGUUUCUUAUUGUUUCAUA